AUGUGGCCCAUCCUUGGAAACGUCUUCGAAGAGCCAAACCUGGAAGUCUUCUUAGUAGGCGUUUUUUAUGGAUUGGAGACGCCACGACGCGUGCAGUCUUAUCUGGACCGAUUUAUGGACGAGUACGCGAGAUUGAUGGAAACUGGAUGCACCAUCAAUGGACAUAAGCUGACCGUCGAACAUCGUGCGUUUAUUUUCGAUUCGCCAGCUCGAUCCUUUUGUAAAGGAGUUGUGUCGUUUAAUGCUACCUGUGGAUGCAUUAAAUGCCUUGCAGAGAGAGGAAAAAAUCCAGUAACCGGCGUUAUCACGUACCAGGUCGAAGAAGCGGCACCAAGGACAGAUGCCGCCUUUAGAACCCUAAAGGAGUAUGUAGGACAUCACCAAGAAGGGCCAGUCUUGGUGGCAGCUAGAAAUUAUUUAAGGAAGUUUGUAGAAGGUUACUAUAAAGAAACUAACACAAUUACAAGCAACAUUCACUUAUUAACACAUGUAGUGGAUGAAGUAGAUCGAUUUGGACCCUUACCCACAAUAUCCACAUAUUCGUUUGAAAAUUGCUUAGGACAGUUGAAACGUAAAAUCAAAUCUUGUAGACGUCCCUUAGAACAGAUAGCAAAUAGAGUUCAAGAACGCGCCCUAUCUGAAGAGGUAAGAGACUGUGGUUCUCUGCCGUUGCAAUCGAGCAACCCGUUCGAAGACAUGCUGCAAAACCUGGCAACCAAAGUGGACUUUAACAGAACCACUAACCCGCUGCAACAAUUCACGCAGGGCCUGUGGCGCCGCGAAGCAAUGUACGCGGAUGCUGAAACGCUGGAUGCUGAAUGCUAG